CCCACCUGGCAGGGCCUCCAGGCUGAACCUGCGCUGGUUUGAGAGUCAGGCGAGUGUGUGACAGGUCACACAUGCCUGGAAAGAUUGUAGGGUGAGUCAGGAUUGGGUUUCAGGUCAGAAGGACCCUGCGGAGGAAGAGAGCAUAAUUCUCUAGGACCUGCGCUGGGACCUAGGGCUUCCAGGCCUGUUCCAAACGUAGAGGAUUCAAUACUGAGCAAGAAAAGUCGGCCUUUCAUGAACUGAUGUUCUAGUGUGAGAUGGUAAAGCAGAACACGUGACUAGUGGCAUGAGGACAUAAGCCUGAGGCAUAAGCCACUGAUCUGGUUAUGGACAUAGGAAAUAAGUGAAGAUGGAGACCCAAGGGCUGAGCCAGGGUGGAAGGAGAAGAGAUUCCAGUGAGAAGACUGAAUCAGAAGGAACCCUGGGACCUCUCAAAGCUACAUAAAGUCCCCAGUGGUCCCCAGGUUCUUCUGGGAAAGCUGUAUAAUCCCUCAUCUCCUGGGGAGAAACGGUCUCCCUGAGGAAACAGAGGUCCCACCCUAAGCGCUGCUGCUGGAUCCUUCGUGACAUCACCAGCCCCGUCACUGCUGCCACUGCUGGAAGUUCUGAGCUCUGUGCUGGGGGCACCAGGCACUGACACUUGCCUCUUGUUGGGAGAACAGAGGGAGCCUCUCUUGUCCACAGCCUGUGCUCCGUUCCAACUGCUGCGUCUCCCGGAGGCCUCCACCCAGGCCGCAUAGAGCCUACCUGAUCACAGCUACAGGAUGGCCUCCAGCCCAGUUGGAGUUUCUAGGCCACAGCCAUCUAGGGCCAAUGGGAACAUCAACCUGGGGCCGUCAGCCAACCCAAAUGCCCGGCCCACAGACUUUGACUUCCUCAAAGUCAUUGGCAAAGGGAACUAUGGGAAGGUCCUACUGGCCAAGCGCAAGUCCGAUGGUGCCUUCUACGCAGUGAAGGUGCUGCAGAAGAAGUCCAUCUUAAAGAACAAGGAGCAGAGCCACAUCAUGGCAGAGCGCAACGUGCUGUUGAAGAAUGUGCAGCACCCUUUCCUCGUGGGCCUGCGCUACUCCUUCCAGACCCCGGAGAAGCUCUACUUCGUGCUGGACUAUGUGAAUGGGGGAGAGCUCUUCUUCCACCUGCAGCGGGAACGCAGGUUCCUGGAGCCCCGGGCCCGGUUCUACACAGCAGAGGUGGCCAGUGCCAUUGGCUACCUUCACUCUCUCAACAUCAUUUACAGAGACCUGAAGCCAGAAAAUAUUCUCUUGGACUUCCAGGGACACGUGGUCCUGACAGAUUUCGGCCUUUGCAAGGAGUGUGUAGAGCCUGAGGAGACCACCUGCACCUUCUGCGGCACCCCUGAGUACCUGGCUCCGGAAGUGCUUCGUCACGAGCCUUACGAUCGAGCGGUGGACUGGUGGUGCUUAGGGGCAGUGCUCUACGAGAUGCUGCAUGGCUUGCCUCCCUUCUUCAACAAAGACGUGGCCCAGAUGUACGAGAAUAUUUUGCACCAGCCGCUACAGAUUCCUGGAGGCUGGACAAUGGCUGCCUGCAACCUCCUGCAAGGCCUUCUCCACAAGGACCAGAGGCAGCGGCUGGGCUCCAAGGAAGACUUUCUUGAAAUAAAGAACCACGUGUUCUUCAGUCCCAUAAACUGGGAUGACCUGUACCACAAGAGGCUGACUCCACCCUUCAACCCAAACGUGGAAGGGCCCGCUGACUUGAAACACUUUGAUCCAGAGUUCACCCAGGAAGCUGUGUCCAAGUCCAUUGGCUGCACCCCUGAUACCAUGGCCAGCAGUUAUGGGGCCUCAAGUGCAUUCCUUGGAUUUUCCUAUGCACAGGAUGACGGUGACAUCUUGGACUCUUAAGAGACAAGGACUUGUGAAGCCACCAAGACCAGCUGGCAACUGCAGGGACUAUCUUCUGCUGCCAGUAAGGCACAGUGAGUUUGAUGACUCAAAAAAGAGGGAAGUAUUUUCCAUCACACAAAAGAACAGUGCAGGGCUCAGGCUGGCAGGAACAGUAACCAAGCACCCAGUUGUUUGCAGUUCUGAUUUGCCCUUCUUGGGAAAGGACUUCUGUGUUUAGUUCCUGUUGCUGCUGUGACAAAAUAUUCAAGAAGAGUAAUGGAAAGAUGAUCUUUCCAUUACUGUGGAUCACAGUGUCAGAUGUUUCAGUCCAUGGUUGGCUGGCCCCAUUGCUGUGGGCUUUAGCCAAAGCUGAUUCAUCUUGGUGGAGUACAGCUGCUUACCUUAUGCCUCCCAAGAAGCAGAAACAAAAGACUGGAGCAGGAAUAAGAUAUACCCUUCAGAUAAGAUAUUCCCAAGUGACAUACUCCCUCCAAGGGGCCCACCUCUUAGUUAUCAUCACCUCUCCAUGCUAUAAAAUUAUGACUCUGUGAAUGGACUAAAUCACUGAUGAAGCCUCAGCCCUCAAGAUCCAAUCCAAGGCCUUAACAGCUGAACACAGGAACCCUCAGAAAACACUUCAGAACCAAACCGUAGUAGCGUGAAUAUUGGGUUACAUGAUCACAAAACAGUUCCUGGUACCCAUAAUCACUUUUCUGUUCUAAGCAAGAGAAGAGGAGGAAUGGACAGGAAUGGAUUUUUUGGAUAUUUGUUACUGCAUAUGGCAGCCUCAACACCUUUCAACAUUCAAGGAAUUCCCUACUUUUGAACCGCCACUGGGGGGAGGGGGGGUGACGACCUUCAUUUGAAUAGAGGUGGACUUCAUCCACCCCUUAGUUCAAGUGAGAUAUGUGGUCCAAGAUGCAUCUGUGCCAAACCUGGGCCCAAGGAUGGGACUUCGAACUCUCUUUGAGUCUCUCUUGUAGAAGGGGCACUGGUGCAGACUGCAGCAGCCAGCCCUCAGUAUCCCAGGGCUCCAGCACUGCUCCUGUAAGCCUCAAGCUUUUCUUUGAAGAUUUCACAAUCUCUUAACACACUCCCUUUUUACUUAGCUGUCCAAAGAACACUUCUCUUGGGUGAAUUGUGGAGCAGAUGUUCCUGUUGUUAGCAAUCUUCAUCCAAAUGACUCUAAUGUAGUCAUUACUUCCCCUUCUUUUGCCAGUGAAGAGACAAGGGCAGAGAAACUGCUCUUUGCUUGAAGGCCACACCACUGGGCUGGUAACUAUAUUUGACAUAGGGCUCUCUCUACCCUUUAACCUUUGAACAGGUCCACUCCUUCAUGCUUUUAGGGCCAAGAAAUGAGUCACCAUCUCUCAUGAGAGAUGGGCACAGUGCACAUGCCCUGGAAAUCAGGGAAGCAGAGAUGGGUGGAACUAUAAGUUCCAGGGCAGCCUGGUCUACAAAAUGAGUUCCUGGCAGUCAAGGAGACACAGUGAGACCAUAUCUCAAAAAAAGAAAAUCUCCUAGAUCAAGGCAAAAAUUGGCUAGAACAAGCAAGCGAAUGAUAAAGGGUCUUAGAGAGACCCUCACUCCUGGUCUUGGCCUGGUUAUCAAGUUCAUGUGCUUUACCUCAAGUACAGAAUCAGAUCUUGCAGGCUGAUCUGGCUAGCUACUAAGCUCCAGGUGUUCAGAUUAGUCAUUUCAAAAGGUAAUUCUGGCUAGCCAGAAUGUGAGCACAUAAUGCAUGCUCAGGACACAGCCCAUGUGGGGUAGAUUAUUCUGCUUUAUUUCGGUUUCUUUUCCACAAAUUCCGGGCACAUACUUCAGGGUGGCCUCAUUAGCUUGCUAAUUUGGGGAUAAUGGGAGGACUUGCUUUGACUCACUUUAUGCUGGUGAUUUUUUUUUUUUAUUGUUUUUCAAGACAAGGUUUCUCUGUGUAGUCUUGGCUGUCCUGGACUCCCUCUGUAGACCAGGCUGGCCUCAAACUCAGAGAUCCACCUGCCUCUGCCUUCCUGAGUGCUGGGAUUACAAGUGUGCACUAUUAUACUGGUAAUUUUUUUUUACUGACUUUUCCUCUCAGUUUUGUCCCCUCUGUUCUCAGCCCUAGGAAUUAAGGGGGAAGGCAAGGCUGGGACACAUAUAAAGAAAACAAAACACCAGUACGAUCUAUUGGAGAUCAAAGCUGAGUCAAGGGAACUGAUUUCCAUCUUACCUAGUAUGAGUUAACUGCUAGAGGUGGGACACAAGGAGAGCACAAAUCUUUCCUGUUACAGAAGCGUCAACUGUCAGAAACCUGGACAUGCUGUGGAAAGUCCACAAUCAGCUGGUUCUGUUCUAUAAUUGUAAAGUCACAGAAUGUUUCACCAGGAUAGAAAAUAAAAAUGAAGAACAAGUA